AUGCUUGAAUUAACACCUGAAAAUGAUGAUUUUUUUUGCGCUAAUGAAUCAUUAAUUAAAAUUGAUCGCGAUUUAACGACACGAAUUUGCGCACCAUGGGAAAAAUUUUGCAUGACAACUGUGGAGACAUCAUUGAAGGCAUUCAGUGCUGUGAUUCGAGCUUGUGGUGACAUCUGUCGUGAACCUUGUGAAUCAGAUGGGUAUGGGACAGAUAUGGUACGAUGUGAUCACUGCUGCACCGAAGACUUCUGCAACGGAAACUAUUCCGUCCGUUACUAUAUGGAAUUGAUGAAACAACAGCAUACUUCAUGGAUUAAGCCAUUAGUAGGCGAAAAACUUUACAAUCGUAAUAAUAAUAUUACUUUUCCUUACUAA